AGUUACGCCACUGUGUUGUCCAAUAGAGUCGAGCUAUGGUCGUCGGACAGGACGAUUGCACGCUAGACGCCAUAUUGAGGUAUUGAGAGAGGAGGUUGCGAGUGUUGAUCGAAUGCGCGGUCUAAUAGGUGUUUACACGAUUUCGUGGCAAAAGCCGUGACUGCAAAUCGUCUAUCCUGCAAUUGCUUCCUGGUGAUACGAACGAUCGCGACAGGUAUAUGAUAUUUGACGCGUAGUGCUGACAUGAGUGGCAGCGACGGCGAAGAGGAUCGACGCGAGAGGAAUACCGUCACCAACAUUAGUAUAGCCGCCACCGCCACCGAGGAAAAAGGCAUUGUGAUGGAUGACGACGGUCCACUGGCGGCAACAGCGGUGAAACAAUACGUUGACGACGUACGUUUCCCGCGCUCCGUCAACCGUCGCAGACACGAUGACGGUAGACGGGAUGAAACCCCGCGGGUCUUCUGCGAAACGAACGAAGCCGGGCAAACGCGCAUGUUCGUCGAAGCCGGGAACCCGCACGUCAGAAACUUUGCCAAACGUUGUACAUCUGAUCGAGGUGUAAUCGACGCGUUUAUUAGAGGUGCAACAGCAGCUGAUGAAGAUCGACGUAACUUGCCUAGAACAAACACUGAUACGCUCGCCAAAUUGUACUCUUCUGCAGUAACUAUCAACAGUUUGAAAAAUGGAAAAGAAUCUUGUUCUUGUGAUUCUUAUAAAGCUAAACAAGACACGUUCAGAACGACAGACCAGGGUCUGAUCGAUGCGUUUAUUAGGGGUGCAAGAGCGGCUGAAGAAGAUCGGCGUAACUCGCCUAAAGUAAAUACUGAUGCACUCACCAAAUUGUAUUCCUCUGCAGCAAAGGUAGACAGUUUGUCUCAUCAUGGGAAAGAAUCCUGCUCUUGUGAUUCUUAUAAAGCUAAACGAGAUAUGUUUAGGGAAGAACUACAGAAGGCUAUGAAGUUCCAAAACUUAUGGACUGAAUUACAGCAAUAUAUACAUGCUGUCUUUAAUAUUGCUCUGGAAACAGCUCGUGUGUCCGACUCUUCACAGUCUCAGUGUAGCAGAUUACCUUCGAUUGAUAUGCACGAUACUGUUAUUCAAUUAUGCAAAAGAGAUCCUCAUCAACUGUUCAUGAGAUUAGUAAGCCAGGCACAAGAAUUUGUGAUAGAAGUAAAAGUUCGUUUAUUCGUUCUUCUACACGAUCAUAGUGUAAACAAUUUAGCAGAAAUUUUUCUUACUGGUCUCUUGGAUGACUAUGAUGCUCUCGUAGCAACAGCAAUUCUGAUUUCUGAAUUAGUGAAACCAUUAAAAGAAUAUCUCUUCAAAUUUAAUUUGACAUGGGACUGUUUUAUUAAAAAGUUGUAUCAAAUUUAUGUAUAUAAUGAUGCUUUGGUGCAAAAUAAUUUACCUACGUUUAUUGGACAGCUGAGAAAACUUCUACCAUUAAAAGGCUCCGAAUACCAAGAUCUUGUUCACAGAUAUUUAUUUUUCGACGACGAGAUGACGAGAAUUGGUAAUUUAUGGCCCGAAACAGAACCAUGGAUGGAUAAAUAUAAUGCAGAACAAGCAGUUCGUAUGACAAGACUUAGACAAAUUAGAGAAGCUUGGGAAUUGUUCACAACAACACGCAAACUUAUGGAACACAGCAUGUUGAGCAAAACACCGGAUAUUGGAAAUGAUAUGCGAGAAAUCCAUGGGCAAUUUUCUUCACUUAUUGCACAUACAUCUGGAAGCGAUAGUCGACCUUUAAGUCCAAUAUUAGAUCUUAAUUCGGAUUCAAUAGCUAUACCGUCAAGCAUAGAGAUAGUUCAAAUAUUGUUAGACGAUUGGAAUAAGGCCCAGCAUCAAAAAUUGGCGGACAUAGCUGGGGCAUUGACUGCUACUGAAAUGGACGCGGUUGGACCAGCCGAUUCUAUCUGUUACGAUUACGCCCGUGCAACAUGUCGAUUGGCGCAAUAUGCUAUCAGAUCAGUCAGGAGUCAUAGUGAUGACAGCGACAUUGAGAAUGAAACAAAAUGUGAAUGUAAUACUUGCAAUGAAAUAGGAGUAAACCAUAUGAGCACACAACAUAAAGUUGAAAAUAUCGAGAAGAAUGAUACAAAUAUAUUCUUAUCCAAUAAUGGAUUUAUGGAUGGACCUGCAAAUUGUACAGCAAUGCAAGUUAAAAAGCAACUUGAUAAUUCAAAUGACGAAGAUAAAAGGAAGAAAGAUUCAGUUACACAUAAUGUUCUACGCAAAGAUAUUAUUUCGAAAACAUCCGAUUUAGAACCUUGUUCAUGCGUUUAUCAACACGCGCGAGAAAUAGCGGAAAGAAAAAAGGAAAUUCUAGAAAAUCCACCUUGUCCUUGUCUGUUGAAUUCAAGACGCAAGUGGGAUAUGUGUCCUUGCUUGCCUACAUCUAUACCCGAAACAUCAGUAACAAACGGUCGUCCCAAAGCAACGUCGCCGACUUCUGUCACGAAGGAUAAUCCAGAACCAAGCCAGAAACCCGCUGUAAAGACCGGCUCUACGCAAUCCGCCCAGACCCAAACGAGGCAUUCUAUGACACAAACGCCAAACGCGAAUCACAAUCACAUGUAUCGUGAUAAUCCUCUAUCAGAUUUGGCGAGAAACACGGGUCCAUCUCAUCCCAGACUUCAUUCGCUCAAUACACCGCACGCAUGUCACAAACAAGCCAAUGUCGAGCACAUCAAGAGAGUAUCAUGUAAUGAUUUGAGUUCUGGAGAUGGAGACUGUUCAGAUUCGGGAAGCAGUCAGGAGGACUCGUGCUCCACUAGUAGCUCUGCGCAGAGAGAUACCAAUAUGAGACAUUGUGAUUGUUGCUACUGCGAGGUCUUCGGUCAUGGGAUGCCAUCAGUCGCGCCGGUAAGUCGAAAUUAUAAAGAAAUGCGGGAACGAUUGCGACAACUCCUGACAAAGAAGAAAGCGAAAAAAUGCAAAGCUGUAGCAACUGGCUGCAGUCCGCCGAAAAGUCCAUCGGAAUCGUCAAUUCCCAACACCAAUUUCGAAUCCAAGACUCUGACGAGUUCGAUUCUUAGAUCGAACACUCCAAUUUCGACGACUUCUACGAUUCAGCAUGAUCAACGAGAUCAGCGAGAUUUAGAGGAAUUGUUAGAAUUUAUUGAAGGCAAUCAAAGCGGAAGAAAAGACAAUAACAAGAAAGCUGAGAAGAAAGCGAGGCAAAAACAACGAAAGCUUGAGGAAAAGUUAAAGAAAGAUAGACAAGAAACAGAGAGACAAAAAUUAAUAGAGUUGCAGAAAAAAACACCCGAGGUUACGAUUACUGUUGUCGAUCCUCAAAAGCCUGUAUCUCAAAGACCAUUACCUCAAUGUAAUUUACCAGAAGUUUCUAUUUUGCCAACAUCGCCAUCCAUAUCUUUAUCCACAAUAAAGCAGUUAAACAAUAGGAAAAGGGAUAAGCAGGAGGUUUGUAGCAAUAAUAAUAGCAGCGGUAAUAAUAGUAUUACUAAUUUGAAUAACAAGACAAAAACGUCUGUGAAUUUAAAUGGUAAAAAUAAGAGUAUUAAUAGCACGGAAAAAUGCGAAGUACGAAAUGCGGGUUCUAAUCAAGGAAAUAAGAACGCGAAAAACGAUAAAGUCGAAAGCAAUAAAGGCAACAAGUCAUUAGCAAGUAGUACGAAAAACAAUAAUUCGAUUAAUAGUACAGAUAAGUUAUCCGAUAUUAACUUAGUUGACAAGAAGUUGACGAAGAAAGAAAAAAAGAAAUUGAAGAAGGAAAUGAAGAAGUUGGAAGAAGCAAAAACGAAGGAAGCUGAAAAUGUGGCACAAAUAGAAUCUCAACCACAAAUAGUUACUAUUAGAAGAGAAAUAAAUUCAAACAGUGCUGAACCUACAGUCACAAUCACUCUGAAGGGUCAGACUCCGGCUGAAGAUAAAGUUUUAUUUACAUUAGUAAAUGGACAAACUAAAGAGCCUUCUCACAAGAUGGAACAAGAACAAAAUCCAAGUAAUAACGGGAAAAAGAAGAAAGUCAAGACAAAUAACAAUAAUAGUAAUCCCCUGCAACAAGGAAAUAAGUUGCAGCAGUCGAAUAAUCCUAAGCAACAGACAUCACAGACUCCAGCUAAGGCAUGCGACAGUAAGAAUUUAAAACAACAAGUAAAUAAUGACAAGUCGAAAAUUGGCAAACAAAUGGACGAAAAAAAAGUUCAACAGCAGAAUGUCAAUGAAGCCAAAAAUUCCAAAUCGAAAAAGGAUAAAAGAAAUACAGAGAAUAAAGAAAACGUGCUCCAACAGCAAAAUACAGUGAAUAAGAGUAAGAAUCAACAAAAUGCAACCAACAAAAAACAGAUUAAAACGAACACACCUCCUCAAACGCCAGUAUCACAGAAACAGCAACAGCAGAAUCAGAAUAUUACAAACGAAUCCACAAUUAGUAAGAAAAUAAAGAAGCAACAACAACAAGACAAAAACGUACAAUCGAAUGCCAAUAAAAGCAAUAAAAAUAUUAAUAAUAACAACGCCAACACUAGAAAUAUAUCGAAUAAGUGCGAACCUCAAAAGAGUAUAAAUAAAACGAAUCCAACUACCGCAAAUAAGCAACAACGUAUGCCUACAGAGGUUCAAAAUACAUGUAAUGAACGAGUAAGCUCACCAUCGCUCAGUAGCCAAUUUAAAGACAUUGGACCGAAUUCUAAAAUCAACAUUGAGAACCUCAAGUUACCGCCGGGCAUCACGAUCACGAAAGUUGACGCGCCGCCAAAACCAUUACCGAUUAAAACGGCUCCUUUGCCGAAACCAGUGAGUCCGCCCAAACAAACCACUAUUAUUGCCACGCCGAUGAGCGGUGCUCAAUCCAGCUAUGCAAAUCCACAGGCCGGAGGAAACGUCAUUGUGGUAGACACGGGCAAGCUUAAGCAAGACCUGCUGCCGAAAGUUAAUGAGAAAGACUCAUCAAAGGAUUCACAGUCUCAAGGUAUCACUAGUAAAAAGAAGAAAAAGAAAAAUAAAAAUUCGGCCAAUUCGGGAAACACAGCAUCUACGUCGCCACCGUUGCAGAAUAGCGACACAUUUGUAAGCGAUCAUGUAAUAGACGAACCUGCGAGAAUACUGCACAACCCCGGCACGAACAUGGUGACUAUUAAAAAUCCGUCGUUUGGACCAAUGAAAGUUCCGCCGACGCAGCAGGCAGCCAUCAUCAAAGUGUCGGAGAAUGGCAUGGUGACGAUUCGAAGUCCGGCCUUGCAGCAGGCUAUCAACGCAGGCUUGACAUCACCACCCAAACCUGAUUAUAUUGUGAAGGGUGAUCUAUCAUCAUCUUCGGCGUCGACAGGCAGAAUGACGACGACAUCAAUGACAGCCGAUUGUAACACGUUGAACAUGAAACACGCGAACGGCGUUAUUCCGUCGAGUCUAGCGGAAUUGCGUAGUCGAUUGACUGCGCAACCGAUAGACUGCGCGUCAUCAUUGUCUGGGCUCGCCAACAUCCAAAUCAGUAAAGUGACAAACGGUCAACCGAUACCGGAGAAUGGCAUCAAUCUCAAGGGUACCAGCGUUACUCUGACGAAGGUAAGGCCCGAGACAACAAGUAUGGAGGAAACGCGGCAAGCAUCGGCGAAUAGCGCAGUGAAGGAGGCAGUGAUAAACGCCAACGGCAGUGGCAAGAGCAAGAAAAAGAAAAAACGCGGAAAUGGCACGAGACAAUGCGGAGAUGACUGGAACCUCGUUGAGAGCGUAUUCACGCCCAAAGAUAUAGACGGGGACAUGGACUACUUUGAGCGUGAAUUGGAGGACUUCAAGAGAUUCUGCCAGCAAUCCGUGCCGCCGCCGCACAAGGAGAAGGUCAAUCUCAAUAUCAAGGACAUUGUUUUGAAGAAGAAGUCAUCGUCGUCGUCGUCAUCGUCAUCGUCGUCGUCGGCGGCAACCGCCAACGGUCCCGCCACUGUGAUAGCGGCUAAUUGAUUUGUCGAUUAAUCUCGCGUUAUCAUCCAAAGUGCGCGAUUACUGCCAUUGCGAUGAUUCGAUGCGUGGUCUUUUGGACGCGAUCGCCUCGUGAACGAUUCGCCUCCGAUCAUCAUCGACGAUUUUGCGUUUUCAAAGAAAAACGGAUGUAUAAUGCCUUCGUAGAUGAAUAUAAUCAUUAGCGAUUCUAAAUGAAAAAAAAAGGAAAUUAUUACUCGACGGAGUAAUAAUUGAACAAAUGACAUUAUUAUAUAUGUAUAUCGUUAAAUGUAAUUAGAAAACAAAUUUUCUCGCGGCGAAAUGAUGAAUUUAUCGUGCGAGAUAUCGCUCUAAAAUGUCGUCUCCAGAUGAUAUUAAUGACAAUUGUAAAAAUUUGGCUUUGCCAACACUUAUAAUAAUGAGUGCGAUUGUAAAGUUUAACGUAAAAAUAUCGUAAAAAUAUCACUAGAAGCCACACAUUUGUUUUUGCAGCUUCGAAAGCUCUACAUUGGCUACAAAAUUAGUAAACUUAAUUUACGCUCCAAAUACACAUAUGCAUGUGUGAUCACGAGCAAAUAGACGUAAACACACAGUAUCUUUCUCUUUUACUUUUUUUCAAUAAAUGUAGAAAUCUGUUUCUACCUA